AUGCGUGGGCGAAAAUUCCGCUACCGGAGGGUCUUCUCACUCUUCUGACUCUUCUCCUAAAUCUCCUGUCUUCUCUUUCUUGCCGUUAGAUUCGCCCAUUCGUCAUGCUGCCAAGACUUUUCAAAGCAUCCGAGCACCUUCAAUCAGAAGAUUUCGAUAAAGCAGUUAAAGCUAAAGUUGAAAUACAUGUCAGGUCAUCUGACUCAAGGCCAGGGAGGGAAAGAAUAAUACUGUAUAGUCCAGCAAGUUACCCUUCAAGUAUUAAAGUUUUUCCAUGGUACCAGUUAGUACAGUCUUCUGAUGAUUUCGAUUUGUCGAAUGUUUUAAAGCCAUAUGUCCUUUUGCACAAAGUUAAAAGACAUGAUAGGAUUAGAGCAUCUUCUAUUUAUUCCAAAUAUGCACAUCCUAAUCUGAAGUUAAUUUUGAUAAUGUCUUCUAAUAUAACUCAGAAACACUUGGAUAGUGAUAGGGAAUUAAUUGAUUGUCCAAUUACAAUUGUAAUAAUACCACAUAAAUUUAAGCAUGAAUUGAAAGACUUCAUUGCUGAUGCUACAAAAAAUUAUGAAGCAUCGGUUAAACCUGUGAUUUCAACCAAGGUGCAUUAUUUUUUCACCACUGCAAAUGUUGAUGAUGUAAUUUUCAAGCGAAGAAUGCAUGAAUUUAUUCAAGAGAGAACAUGCAUUACAAUGGAAUCAAUAGAUGAUCCUUCUGGAAAAUCGUUGAGAUUAUUGAAGUGGAUUUUGGACAAAGUUAACCUAACAUUUCUUGAUAAUCAAUUUGAACUUUAUUCUGUGACUCAUGAAGAUGUUAUUCAACAUGUUCUUGACCUGUUAGUUGAGAAAGAUCAUAUUGAUUCUGUAUUUUCAAAAGAUUUUAUUUUCUAUUUUUGCUUCGCAAACAUUUUGCAUUGUUUUUAUUCCCUUCAAGCAUAUCCAGAAAGUCUAAAAUUGUUGGUAUAUAAAUGUGUUACUAAGCUAAAGGAAAUAAAGCCAACAGACAUUGCAAGAUAUCAGCAAGAAUUCAUUGAUAAGGGAAGUUUUAAAAUUUACGAUUCACAUGUAACUGAGAUCAAUGUAUUUCAUUUGGCUGCAAAAUCAUUUAUUACUGUAAGCCAAGGAUAUCUUAUGAUUUACCCUAGUAGUGCUGCUGUUGAAUAUGCAUAUGUAAAGAUUUUGUCAGUAUCUAUUGCUAUAAAGUUCUACAAUUCAUGUAGUAUGCUAAAGAAAAUUCAAAAAUUAUGGUUUAAGGAAGUUUUGCAGGCAAGAAAUAAUUUUUUAAGUUAUAAGACAUUUUUUCUGUUUAGCAUUUUCUUUCCAAGGAGUUGUCAGAAAGUGACAUUGAAAGUUUUAGCAAUGGGCUAA